CUCUCUCUCUCUCUCUCUCUCUCACUAUUUUCUGCUGUAUGGUGCUGAGUGCUGACCUUCAAAUUACUAAAAUAGGUUUCUCUAUUCACAACACACAAAUCAUUAUGAAUCUCUUCUCCUCCGUCGAACCUUGAUUUCUCUCUGGCAACUCUAAUUCUCUUGAGGUCUCUCUCCAUUUCUUUCUCUUCUCCUGAAUUUCCGCUGAGCUCCUCCUGCUUCGAUUCUCUCGCAUUUCUCUACAGUUUUGCGCGAAUGAGGUCAUCGUAGAUUUUGAUUGAAGAGCUGAGAGAGGAAAAUAUGAGCGAGGGGCAGAAGUUCCCGUUGGGAACAAUCAGCGCUUUGAGUUUGUCCGUUGUGUCCUCUGUUUCUAUCGUCAUCUGUAACAAGGCCCUUAUUAGCACCCUUGGCUUCACAUUUGCGACCACUUUGACAAGCUGGCAUCUUUUGGUCACGUUCUGUUCACUUCAUGUGGCAUUGUGGAUGAAGUUUUUUGAGCACAAGCCUUUUGAUCCCCGAGCUGUGAUGGGAUUUGGUAUAUUGAAUGGAAUAUCCAUUGGUUUGUUGAAUCUCAGCUUGGGUUUUAAUUCUGUUGGUUUUUACCAGAUGACAAAACUAGCAAUCAUCCCCUGUACUGUUUUCUUAGAGACCAUAUUCUUCAGAAAGAAAUUCAGUCGAAAAAUCCAGUUUUCAUUAGUCAUCCUUCUCCUUGGUGUCGGAAUUGCAACCGUAACAGAUCUUCAGCUUAAUAUGCUGGGUUCUGUCUUGUCGCUGCUGGCUGUUAUCACUACUUGUGUUGCCCAAAUUAUGACCAAUACGAUCCAGAAGAAAUUCAAGGUUUCAUCCACCCAGCUUCUGUAUCAGUCUUGCCCAUAUCAAGCGAUCACUCUUUUUGUAACUGGGCCAUUUUUAGAUGGUCUCUUAACCAACCAGAACGUGUUUGCUUUCAAGUACACCUCUCAAGUCCUGUUCUUCAUUGUCCUGUCCUGCCUCAUAUCUGUCUCAGUAAACUUCAGCACGUUUCUCGUCAUUGGAAAGACAUCUCCAGUCACUUAUCAGGUUCUGGGACAUCUAAAAACAUGCCUAGUGUUAGCAUUUGGGUAUCUUUUGCUGAAAGACGCUUUUGACUGGCGCAACAUUCUUGGUAUUGUGGUCGCCGUGGUUGGGAUGGUUCUUUAUUCUUAUUACUGCACACUCGAAACCCAGCAGAAGGCUACAGAAACAUCAACUCAAUUGCCCCAGAUGAAUGAAAGCGAGAAGGAUCCGCUGAUUAGUGCGGAAAACGGGAGCGGAUUGUUAAUAGACAAUGGAGUGGCAAAGGCAGAUCCUGUGUGGAACUCGAACAAAGAUUUUUAAGCAUAUUCCCACUUGUCAAAUUUUUAAAUCUCUCGUAGGGAGUAAGAGGAGGAAAACAAAAUUUAAAUAGCUUCCGUUUCAAAGGAAUGGGAAGAGGAGGGAACACUUUUUUGUUGAUCCAUUUUAUAUACAUAUUACCAAUUUUGGCUUUAUAGAUAUAAUUUUUGUU